CGACUAUUUACAUCAACAAAAGCACCGUUGCCAGAUCACUUUUCUCUACUGGGCUGGCGAGAUUUGGCAACUUUUUAAACUCCUCCUCGCCGCGCCGCUUUUCCCGCCAGAUUCACCGCAACAGGCUGUUAACAAUAUUAAAACAAUUUUACGGACCUUGUUUUUUACUUUUCGGCCCGUUGAAGUCAUUUGCCAAGUCAUUUGCCUGCGAUGGAUGUUGCUGAAAUCCAAGCAGGACCCUUGAGGGUCAAGGACACCGUCGGGUCGAGGGUUCAGGAGCUGUUCCAGGACUUUUUGAAAGAGUUUAAAGAAGAUGGUGUUCUUAAGUACCUCGAGCCAGCCAAGGAGCUCAAGAACAUGGAGAAGUCGACCCUGGAGGUCAACUUCGAGGACGUGGACGCGUUCAACCAGACCCUGGCCACCACCAUCUCCGAGGAGUACUACCGGGUGUACCCUUACCUUUGUCUCGCCGUGACGCAUUUCGCGCAGGACCACGCAGAAGUGGACACGUCGGCCAAAGAGUUGUAUGUCUCCUUCGUCGGCGUCACCACCCGCUUCAAGCUCCGCGAAUUGUCCACCGCCAAAAUUGGCUCCCUCCUGAAGCUCACCGGACAGGUUGUGCGCACCCACCCCAUCCACCCUGAGCUUGUCCUCGGAACUUUUGUGUGCAUGGAGUGCCAGACAGUCAUUAAAAAUGUGGAGCAGCAGUUUAAAUACACAAUCCCGACCAUCUGCAGAAACCCCGUAUGCAACAAUAGGCGCAAAUUUUUGCUGGAAAUCGAAAAGUCCAAGUUUGUCGACUUCCAAAAGGUCCGAAUUCAGGAAAUUCAGGCGGAACUUCCCCGUGGUUGCAUCCCCAGAAGUAUCGAUGUUGUCCUCCGAGCAGAGACUGUUGAAACGGUGCAGCCAGGUGACCGAGUUGACUUCACCGGCAGCUUGAUUGUGGUUCCUGAUGUUGGUGCCAUGGCCCUGCCAGGAAUCAGAGCAGAGCCUCCCAAGGGUCACAAGGAGGGCUCUGAUGCCGACGCUGGAAUCAAAGGCCUCAAGUCUCUGGGUGUGCGAGAACUCAACUACAAAAUGUGCUUCCUGGCCUGCAGUGUUGAGCAGACAAAACCUCUGUUUGGAGGAACUGAAAUGCAGCUGAACGAAAUUACUCCUGAAUUGAUGAAGAAGUCGAUGACUGAUGCUGAUUGGAAUAAAAUCUUUGAGAUGAGUCGAGACAAGAAUUUGUAUCAGAAUCUGAUCAACAGCCUUUUCCCGUCCAUCCACGGAAAUGAUGAAGUCAAGAAAGGAGUACUUUUGAUGCUUUUUGGAGGCGUCCCGAAGCACACCCAUGAAGGAACAAAUUUGCGUGGAGACAUCAAUAUUUGCAUUGUUGGUGAUCCUAGUACUGCCAAAUCUCAGCUCUUGAAACAAGUUUCGGAUUUUACUCCCCGUGCAAUUUACACAUCCGGCAAGGGCUCCAGCGCUGCUGGUUUGACAGCAGCUGUGGUCAAGGACGAGGAAUCUUUUGACUUUGUUAUCGAAGCCGGUGCCCUGAUGUUGGCGGACAAUGGUAUCUGCUGCAUUGACGAGUUUGACAAAAUGGAUCUGAAAGACCAGGUUGCUAUUCACGAAGCCAUGGAACAGCAAACCAUUUCUAUCGCAAAGGCUGGUGUUAGGGCAACUCUGAAUGCCAGAACAUCAAUCUUGGCAGCUGCGAAUCCGGUCGGAGGCAGAUAUGACCGGUCCAAGCCCCUGCAGCAGAACAUCAUGAUGACCGCCCCUAUCAUGUCUCGAUUUGACUUGUUCUUCAUCAUUGUUGAUGAAAUGAGUGAGGUGACGGAUUAUGCCAUUGCGAGGAAAAUUAUGGAUUUGCACCGUCAUCUGGACAAAGCCUACGAAACUGCUUACACGCAGGCCGACGUACUCAAGUACAUCAUGUUCGGCAAGCAGUUCAAACCCGUCCUGACUCCCGAGGCUGGAGAGCUGCUUGUCAAGCACUACACCCAGCUGAGGCAGAGAGAAGGUCCGAAUGCUGCAAAGUCCAUGUACAGAAUUACCGUCCGACAGCUGGAGAGCAUGAUUCGUCUGUCCGAGGCGCAGGCAAAGAUGGAGUGCACAGAAACAAUUUUGCCUCGGCAUGUGACCGAAUCGUUCCGUCUGAUGAACAAGAGCAUCAUUCGAGUAGAGCAGCCAGACGUCAAUUUUGACGAGGAAGAAGAGGAAAUGGAAGUCGAUCAACCUGCUGCGGACACUCCUCAAGAAUCAGAGGAAGCAGCGCCGGCCCCUGCUGCGCCCAAGCAGAAACACACAAUGACUUACGACGAGUAUAAGAAAAUUUCCAACAUGAUUGUCGUCUACAUGAGAGAUGAGGAGACCAAAGCUGAUGAAGAGGCCACGGAAGGUCUGAAGAGGAGUGAUGUUAUCAACUGGUACCUAGAUCGAAUUGCAGAUGAGAUUGAAGACGAGGAGGACCUUUUGAAUAAGAAAUUCACCGUGGAAAAAGUUGUAGACCGCCUCACUUAUCACGAUCAAAUUCUUAUUCCUUUGACACCAGGAGAAAUGGGAGACAAGGCACAUCCUGCCAACGAUCCUCUUUUGGUUGUCCAUCCAAAUUACAUAAUCGAAUAAACUAUGAAUUUCUUAAUUUAUCAGCCAAAUGUAUUUUUACAAGCAACAUUCAAACAAUAAACAAAACUCAUAAUUGAAAUUUUUAU